AUGAAGGUCUUCUCACCAAGCCUGGAAAAUCGCCGCUGUCUACUGACUGUCAUACUUCAGGCUAACCUGACGGAUUUCGGCUCUAUUAUCGAAAAGGACUUGGGAGGGCUCUUUUCCAGACGCUCGCUCAUCGAUGAUCCCUUGAGCUCGGUGUCUGAGUCUGUCGCAGAUAUAAGCACGCAAGCUGGCAAGGUUGGCGCUGUCGCGCAAGACGUUGCAAGCUCUGCCGGCUCCAAUGUACCGCAGACGGUAGGCACCAUUGUCGAUGAUGCCGGUGCCCUAACGAAGAACAUUUCGGAAAGCAUUGCUAAAGUCGUAUCAGGCAUCCCAGAGUUCUAUACGAUUGGGCUCUGGGGUUAUUGUAAGGGUACUUCUAAUGGAACAGGCUCGACUGUCGCAAACUGUACAACGCCGAGUUCUUCGUUUUGGUUCAACUUCACCGAAGUUCUGGGCUUGGAAUCGCUGCAAACUUCCUUAGUCGGAAAGAUAUUUCCGAGCCAAUACGAGGGUGUCAUGAAGGUGUACAGGACAGCUUCGAAGGGAAUAAUCGCUUUCUAUAUCAUGGCGGUUAUCGCCAGCGUGUUAACUACGGUCCUUGGGCUGACGGCUACGCUGUCCCGAUGGGGAAGCUCCUUUACUAGUAUCUUUGCAAUAGUAGGUUUUAUGACUCACUUGAGACGUUUCGGGUAUUAA